AGCAAGCGAGGUCACAGGCGAGCGUUACAACAUGGCGGCGAUGGCAAACUGAUAUGUCUAAAAUGCUUUAGCCGAAGAGUGUCGUGGAAAUCAGCAAAUUUCUGUACAGCGCAUCUGAAUAUUAGCGUUUUAAUGUAAAUAGGGAUACGGACACAUUGUAUCUAGCUGGCGUCUGACUGCGACUGUACUGGCAGGAGUUCUUUGAAAGAACGGGAAUUAAUGGCAGCUGCUGCCCUAAAGUUGAGUGAGCAGAAAGGUGAAAAAAUGGGUUUGCCAUGUGAAAAAGAUACAGAUGACCAACCAGCACAGAUUAACCAUGAGAAUAAAGGAGCGGCUCAGGAUUCAGGUGAAGUUCUUGACUCUUCGGAGACGCAGAAGAUAGAGUCAGAGAUGCAAAGGCCUGCACAAACGCCUAGCUCUAAGGUUCCCCCAGGUAUGGAUCAGGAAAACCAACUUGAUACAGAGGAAACCCAAAAGAAGAAAGGACCAAAGGCAAAGACUCCUGCCAAAAGGAGAAGAAAGGAGAUCAUUCCACAGACUCCACCACAACAUGACAGUUCAGCAGUCUCUGAUACUUCUGAACUCACUUCUAGUGGUCGGCCCAAGAGGAGAGCUGCUAAAGUUGCUUUAGAUUAUCUCCACAACCUUGCCAAGGAUCUUGGUGCUCCAUCAAAAUCCUCAAUUAAAGAAACGACCAAGUCCGGUGAAGCGGAUGGCACUGACAAGAAAAAGAAAACCGGAAGGGGGACCAAAAGAAAAACUCCAGAUUAUAAAAGCAACUCUGAUGGCGAUGAGGACUUUUCCCCAGGAAAAGACGAAGAGGCAGAGAGCGACGAUGAAGAAGAUUCAGAGCCAGACUUCAGCUUGAACAUAGAGCGCAGAUUAUCCAGACCAUCCUGCAGACCACCCAGAGGAAAUUAUCAUUGUCUUCUUCCAAAUGGAUUGGCUAACAAUGUCAUGGAGCCUGUUUGGAACUGUUUUAGUAGGACCAAAGAAUUCCGGUAUGAAAACUUUUCCCCCUGGGUUUUUCCAGAGUGGAUUCCUUCUGCCAAAGAUUGGCAUUUCCUGUCUAAGAGUGAGGCUGAAAAAUAUUUACCCCAAGAGAAAGAAUCGGCUUCUUUUACCUUUACACGGGAAAGCAUCAAAGGACAGAUCAAACUGCAAACAGUGAAGAGGUUUGAAUCAUUGCCACAUCAUUCUGAGCGCUGGGAUGCUCUGUUCUUUGUGGGGGGUCCUGUUCGGUCCUUGGAGUGGUGCCCGUGUCCUGACGGGGCGGCAAAAAGACAGUAUGCCGCUAUCUACUGCCACAAAGACAUGGAUGACGAACACAAAAUCAAUAAGCUGCACACAGGUCCUGUCUUGCUGCAGCUGUGGGACAUCGGAGACCUUCAGUGCAAAAGCAGGCCCUCAACUGCUCCUCAUCUAGCAUAUGCUUUGGCGAUAGAUGAUGGAUGCAUCUGGAAUAUAAGGUGGUGUCCUGCGGGAGUGUGGGAGCUGCCCUCUACCAGCAGAAAGGCUCCACAGAUGCCUAGAUUAGGUGUUCUAGCAGCAGCUUUCUCUAAUGGAACCAUUGGUGUCUACAGUCUUCCACACCCAGAAGCCCUUACAGCACACCAUCAGAGUAAAGGAGAAACCAGCCAAGCACCGUUGAUAUGCCGGGUGAAGAAGGUUCUGACUUUGAAGAUGGGCUCCAACCAGGCGGAUCAUAAAGGUCAAAGUGGUCUGUGCUUUGCUAUGGAUUGGCUCCAUGUCAAACCACAUAACCUCUUGGCUGCUGGCUUCUAUGAUGGUCUGGUUGGUUUAUGGGAUCUUGCUAGUAAGUCUACACUACUGAAAGUCAAGUCUCCAGACGGAGGUGUGUAUCUCUACCCUUACCACUGUUUCCAUGCUCAUGACGAAAACAUCCGGACCUUGUGCUGGUGCAAAGCCUCAAGUAACUUGUUGGUGACAGUCGGAGAUGACCGCAUGGCAAAAAUGUGGGAUGUGAGAAAAACCUACGUGCCUCUUUUGGCAGUAAAGCGCUGCUUGUCCACUGAAGUGUACUGGCCCCUCUUUUGGAGCGGCAUCCUGAUGGCUCAAGAGUGUUGCUUUGCCACGUUUGGACAACAUGGGGUUCACUAUUUUGAUUCAGGUUACCUUGGAAUCAAGCCUUACUUUGUGUGUCCUAGAAAAGCCACUAUUUGGAGCCUUUCUAUGUCUGAUUGGAUAAAUACUUUUGCCGUUGUGGACAAUGGAGGAGAUUGUUUAUUUAGUUCGCUUCCUGAAAUGGACAUCGACCCCAACACUAUCAGACGACGGAGAUAUUCAGUGUACAGGACUGACAUGGUCCAGUUUCAACCUGGUCAGAGGCCUGGAGAUAAGGAACAGGAGGAGGAGGAAGUGGAAAAUGCUGCAAGUAAUCCUAGGAAGGAGCCACUGAGUUACAAAGGAGUAAUCAGAAAGUACUAUCUCCACUUUCAUGACUUGGACCUGGGGAACUUUGCUAAGAGUGAAAAUCGGGCCAUGAUGAAGCACCUGCACCAGCAUGAGGUCAAAGGUGUUGCUAAAGUGGACCAGAUGCCAUUGAGCGCACUCUACAAGGUCCGUUUUAACCCAAACAUGGAUGCGUACAACUGGAUCCUGUCGGGCGGGCAGUCGGGUUUGGUGCGUGUGAACUGUGUACGUGGACUGAGCUGCUCCGUGAUGCUCAAGCAGUUGCGUGAAGCUCAAGCCCAGUUCAGUGCCAUGUUCCAGUCUCAGGAGCCCGAUGACUCUGCAACAGCUGUCCGUCACAGCACAGCGGAUACAGUACAAGUGCACUAGUCUCCUCCCCCUCAGCCUCUCAGCUCUAUCCUCAAAUGGACUGUGCUGUCAUAAUAGGCUGAGAGACUGUCAUUUUUAGAAGACUGAUGACACACUUUUUAUCCUUAACUUAUACUGAAAGAAGGAAAACUAUUUUGAUACAAGCCUCUGUACGUUCCUGGUUUUAUAUUUUUGUGCAUUUUGUUUUAUUAGUAUUAGUGCUGUACAGAGUUUAGUAUCUUUAUCUUGAUACAUUGUCCUUUCCAAAGUAUGUGUGGAGAAUGAAAUCAUCAGCACUUAUAUCCGUGUCAUUUACGGGGAGCGUUAUUCUCUGUUUCCUUCUGUUCCAGUUCAGUGCUAUAUAAUGAUAAAACAUAUCCAUCUUGAACUUUAGUGAGAAAACAUUCGAUUGGAUCUGUUCAUUUAGCUAUCAUAUCAAGAUCUGUUUUUUCCCUUUAGCUCUAGCUUUCUUACCCUAAAUCUUCAUUUUAAAGGAACAGUAACACAAAAAUUAAACAUCAUCACCAUGUCGUUUCAAACCUGGCUUUAUUUCUUCUGUGGAACAUGAAAAUAUAAAAGUUUUUCCAUUCUAUAUGUAAAUUCUUGCCCUUCACUGUCUUCAUCUACAGUACAUAUUCAAAUAUCAGGCCUUUAGAUAGAACGUUAGUUCUGAUGUCAUUGCAAGUUGACCAAUCAUUGAUGAUUACAUGUCCAAUCACAGUGCAGCAUUGCGAAUAUGAUGAGAAGAUUAUAAUAAACCUAAAUUUGGGCCUUUUUAUGUUCAUAUGGAACAAGUAAUAAAGUGUUCUGUGUACUUCGUUGUUUUGAUUUAUUUUCUGGAAUUUUGGUCAUUUUGAAGCUUUGGAGCCCAUAUCCCUAUUCACUUUCUUAAUAUGGAAAAGAGUGGCCAUUACAUUCGUGAACAUGUCUCCUUUUGUGCUCCACAGAAGGAAUAAAGUCAUACAGGUAUGGAAAGACAUGAGGGUAAGUAGUCAAAAUGUUCAUUUUUGGCGUAACGAUUCCUUUAAUUCUGUAUCUUGAUUUUUUUUUUUUUUUUUUUCCAGUGUUGUUAUUCCUACCCAUUUCAAGUCUUUAUUACCUCUUUUACAUUCUUCUUACUCAGGUCUAGCCAAAUUUGUAAGGGCAUCAUGAACUCCUCUGAUAACUGCAGCCUGCAUGUGAGUUAAUGUUGUCCCUGACCCAAAGGCAUUCUGACAUUAAGAUCAGAUGCACCUUGAUACCCGUCUCAUAAUUCAUGACCUCAGUUUUGCCUGAGUGAAUAUAAUUAACUCCAGUGAUGAGAAUAUGGAAAGGUGUCAGUCAGAUUAAUGCUGCUGUGGUCUGUCAGAUAAGAUUAAAUAAGGAAGCUUAUUAUAAUGGAUUUCAAUUUAGUGUGUUGUUUUAAAUAUCUCAAUCUGACUGUGAGGCUCAAGAUAUGGUUA